CUUACGAAAAGCGCUUUAGUUUAUCUUUGUUUUUCGUCUCUUUUCAAAUGUUUUAGAUAUAAAACGAAUAAAGGUUUGCUUGAACUUAAGCCAGAGUUUAUGAAGGAGCAAAGAAGAGCGGCUUCGGUUUCUAUUUCACUUUUUGAAACGCUCCUUUUAUAUACCGGGGAGGGAAGAUAGUGACCAACUUCCUCCCUCCCAUUUUGUCAAAACUGCAGUGCCAUUCAACCCUGUUUAUAAUCUGCGCACUAGUGUCUGAAUCCCACACAAAGAUUAAUGGAGCAAAAUGGCUCGCAUCUCAUUGGACAGUUUAACCUCGUUACCGGGCAUUCCCCUCAGUGUGCUGUCGGUUCCUAUGGAAGAUAAAUACAAAUGUCAGCAAUGUCUCCAGGUCUUGAGGAAACCCGUGCAGGCGCAGUGCGGUCACCGCUUCUGUGUGCACUGCUUCAGGUUGCUCACCAGUUCUGGCCCAAAGCCUUGUCAAGCCUGUCAGAAGGAAGAGAUCUAUGAAGAACCCAUGUCUAUUCUAAAUAGUAGUGAGGCAUUUCCAGACAAUGCAGCUGGGCGGGAAAUAGCGAGUCUUCCCGCCAGAUGCUUAAACCAAGGCUGUGACUGGACUGGAUCUAUUAAAGAAUAUGAGGCAAAGCACGAAGGCCGCUGUGAGUUUGAGCAGAUCCAGUGCGAGGCCUGCCAGGUCUUCAUCCUCCGCAAAGACAAGGACAGGCACAACGAGAGGGAGUGUGAAGAAAGAACGCUUAACUGUAAAUACUGUAAAGUAACGUUCAACUUUAAAGACAUCAAGGCUCAUGAUGAAAUUUGUCAGAAGUUUCCUUUACAAUGCAAAGAUUGUGGAAAGAAAAAGAUUCCCAGAGAAAAGUUUAACGACCACGCUAAGUCCUGCGCCAAGUCAAAGAGCGCCUGCCCCUUCAGUGAAGUGGGCUGUAAGUCUGUGGUAGAAAACGGUAAAAUUAGUGAACACGAGCACAGCAGCACUAUGGAGCAUUUGCGUCUUCUGCUGCCCAUGGUGCUCUCCAUGACCCGGACUCGCUCGGAUGCUUCUGCAUCCGGGGAGUGGCAGGAGGAUUCGGGACUGGGUCUCUACCGGGCUCCUGAUGACGGGUGCGGAGCUGCAGCCUCUGUGCCGUCGGUGGACCUGGACAAAAAAGUGAGCGCUUUAGAAAACAUUGUGUGCGUCCUGAACCGCGAGGUGGAGCGCAGCUCCCUGACGCUGGAGGCCUUCUCGCACCAACAUCGUUUAGACCAAGAAAAGAUUGAAAAUUUAUCCAACAAAAUCCGGCAGCUGGAGAGAUCCCUGACCGUGAAGGACCUGCAGCUGUCCGAGGCCGAACAGAUGGUGCGGGAGCUCCAGUACUGCACCUACGACGGGAUAUUCGUGUGGAAGAUCACAGACUUCUCCCACCGCAGGCAGGAGGCCGUGAGCGGCCGAGCCCCAGCCAUGUUCUCACCAGCGUUUUACUCCAGCAAGUACGGCUACAAGAUGUGUCUGAGGCUGUAUCUGAACGGCGACGGGACCGGUCGCGGCACCCACCUCUCGCUCUUCUUCGUCGUCAUGAGGAGCAAAUACGACGCCUUGCUGAAAUGGCCGUUCAGCCAGAAGGUGACGCUGAUGCUGCUGGACCAGAACAACAGGGAGCACAUCAUCGACGCCUUCCGCCCUGAUAUCACCUCCACCUCCUUCCAGCGGCCCGUCAGCGAGAUGAACAUCGCCAGCGGCUGCCCGCUCUUCUGUCCGCUAGCCAAACUGGCCGGAAAGAGCCCGUAUCUAAGAGAUGACACCAUUUUCAUCAAAGCCAUUGUAGAUCUGUCAGGCUUAUAAGGUGAAGGCUGUGGAAGCUACACCAAAGUCUACAUAUAGAAGUACAAAUGAAACUUGAUAUAUAUAUAAAUAUGCACACAAACAUACUAUGAUAGAAAACUAUUAUUAUAUUAAACAUAUCUUAUAUACUGAUAUAAUAUAGAUACUCCACUACUGGCGUGGAGUCAUCCUAAAUAAACUGUAGAGAAAUGAUAUAAACUCUUUAGUAAUACGAAUGAUUAACCCACUAAUUUCUUAUAUCUGCCUUAACUAAUGAAGUUUAUCCUGUUGUAGUAGUAUCACCUGUUAUAAAACAACUGUAUAGUGAAGGAUAUAAUAGAAAUGUCUGCAUGCUGAUCUUCUGCUUCAGUAUACAUGCUAUCACACUGUUUUUAGUAUAUAUGAACUAAAAGAAACUUAACUUCCACUGUUAACAGAAACUGAGGUAUUUUAGCAGUUUAACCCUUAAAACGAGGUAAUUUAGUUUUCAUCAAAGAUUAUUUUUAGUAGUAUUGUUUGUUUGGAUGAAAACAGUGAAUCUACUACUAUAUAUUUAUUAUCAAUAACAGAAAUGUACUCAUUUGUGUGCUUCUAUUCUCUGUAAGGAACACAUUGUUGCACAAAAUGCUUCAUUCUAUUAAAUUACUCAAAUCGAAAUAUGUUGAAGUCAACAGAAA